CACAAAAAAAAAAUUGUUUUGUAUGCUGUUAUAUUGUCUGAACUUUGAAAGAUUUCACAAAACUAGUAAACAGAAAAAUUAAUAUAUGGCAAAAACAAAGUUGAGCUGCAUCAAAGACGAAAGAUGGUCACUCCAUGGCAUGACAGCUCUAGUGACUGGAGCCACACGAGGCAUAGGGCAUGCAAUAGCAGAAGAGUUGGCAGAAUUUGGGGCAGUGGUGCAUAUAUGUGCACGUAAACAACAAGAUAUUGAUAGAUGUUUGGAAGAAUGGAGUAAGAAAGAAUUUCGCAUAACAGGGUCGGCAUGUGAUGUACUAUAUCGAGACCAACGUGAAAAUUUAAUGAAAAAUGUUGCUUCAAUCUUUCACGGAAAGCUCAACAUUCUGAUAAACAAUACUGGAACAAAUACACCAAAGAACCUCAUAGAUUAUACUGCAGAAGAUGUAACCACGAUAAUGGGAACUAAUUUUGAGUCUAGUUACCACCUAUGCCAACUAGCACAUCCACUUCUAAAAGCAUCUGGAUAUGGGAGCAUAGUAUUCAUAUCCUCCAUUGCAGGUCUUAAAGCUUUGCCUCUUUGUUCUAUCUAUGGCCCCUCUAAAGGAGCUAUGAAUCAAUUGACCAAGAACAUAGCAUUGGAAUGGGCAAAGGAUAAUAUUCGUGCAAAUACCGUGGCACCUGGACCUGUUAAGACCUUACUUCUGGAUUCUUUCGUGAAAUCUGGUAAUGAAGCGGAUAAAGCCAUUGAGGCUAUAGUGUCUCAAGCACCGGUUGGUCGACUUGGAGAUCCUGAGGACAUAUCAGCAAUGGUUGCUUUCCUUUGCCUUCCAGCUGCGUCAUUCAUCACUGGCCAGAUUAUAAAUGUGGACGGGGGUUGUACAAUUUAAAGUUAACUUAUUUAUGUUUUUAAUCCCUCGAAUUAGAGAUCUAUUUUCUUAGUCUUCUAAAUAAAAAUGUAUUAGUAAUUAGUUGUUGUUUUAAGUACUAUAUAUUUCAAGUGUUAUAAUGUUAAUUUGUACUGAGAAGUUUUUUUCAA